CUCAGUCUGCUAUGAAACUCUCCAGCCUUGGAGCCAGGGAAUAACGGGGACUGAAGUGGGGAAGUUGCAGCAUCACCGGCUACCAGUCUGGCAGAGUGAGUGCUGCUGAGAGCAUGGACCUGUGUAGAAGACUUAUGGCUGCCUGGGCUCUGUGCCUGCUGCCAGGCCUCACCGACACAUUCAACAUCGACACCAAGAGACCACGGAUCAUUUCGGGCUCUAAGGACGCAUUCUUUGGGUACACCGUGCAGCAGCAUCAAAUUGCCGGAAAAAAAUGGUUGGUGGUGGGUGCCCCAUUUGAUGUCAAUGGUCCACAGAAGACUGGUGAUAUCUACAAAUGUUCAGUCACCAAUGAUACUUCCAAUGACUGCACCAAGCUUGGCAUCGGCAGGGUGACUCUGUCCAAUGUCUCGGAGAGAAAGGAUAACAUGCGCCUGGGAAUGAGUUUAGUCACAAACCCCAAAGAUAAUAGCUUUGUGGCCUGCAGUCCUCUCUGGUCCCAUGAGUGCGGAAGUUCUUAUUAUACCACUGGGAUGUGCUCCAGAGUCAACUCCAACUUCCGUUUCUCCAGGAUUGUUGCUCCUGCCCUACAGAGGUGCCCCACUUUCAUGGACAUUGUUAUCGUGUUGGACGGAUCUAACAGCAUCUAUCCUUGGGUGGAGGUGCAAAGUUUUCUUAUCAGCAUUCUGCAGAAAUUCUACAUCGCUCCAGGGCAAAUACAGGUUGGUGUGUUGCAAUACGGAGAGACCGUAGUACACGAAUUUUAUCUAAACAACUAUCGCUCAGUAACAGAUGUGGUAGAGGCUGCAAAACGCAUUGAGCAACGAGGAGGGACGGAAACACGCACUGCGCUGGGGAUUGAAAAAGCAGUCACAGAAGCAUUCCAGCGUGGAGGUAGAAAGGGAGCCAAAAAAGUCAUGAUCGUUAUUACAGAUGGAGAAUCACACGACAGCCCCGACCUACAGAGAGUGAUAGAGAGCAGCGAAAAAGACAAUAUAACGCGUUAUGCAGUAGCGGUUUUAGGGUACUAUAACAGACGAGGGAUCAAUCCAGAAGCGUUCCUAAAUGAGAUCAAGUACAUUGCUAGUGACCCUGAUGAUAAGCACUUCUUCAAUGUGACAGAUGAGGCUGCUCUGAAGGAUAUUGUGGAUGCACUUGGGGAGAGAAUAUUCAGUCUGGAAGGAGGUACGAAUAAAAAUGAGACAUCCUUUGGUUUAGAAAUGUCCCAGGCAGGAUUUUCAUCACAUGUUGUGGAGGAUGGUAUAUUGCUUGGUGCAGUUGGCGCUUAUGAUUGGAAUGGAGCUGUGCUGAAAGAGACCAGCUCUGGAAAAGUGAUACCUCGUAGAGAAUCCUACCUGAAAGAGUUUCCUGAUGAACUCAAGAACCAUGGCGCUUACCUUGGUUACACAGUCACCUCCGUGAUGACAUGGCAGCGGGUCAGGAUCUACGUUGCGGGGGCUCCACGGUUCAACCACACAGGGAAAGUGAUUGUCUUCACUAUGCAUGGGGCAGAGAACAUGACCAUACACCAGGCCCUUCAAGGAAAUCAGAUCGGAUCCUACUUUGGUGGUGAGAUGGAUUCUGUGGAUGUAGAUGGUGACGGUGUUACUGAUAUACUGUUGGUUGGAGCACCAAUGUACUUUAUUGAUGGAUGGGAGAGGGGCCGGGUGUCAGUCUUCGUUUUAAGAGAGAGACAAUUCAUUCACAAUGGAUUCCUGCAAGACUUAAACAGCUCCCAGAAUUCACGCUUUGGGUCCUCCAUUGCCGCAGUACCAGACCUCAACCAGGACCUUUACAAUGAUGUUGUGGUUGGGGCUCCUCUUGAGGAUAAUCACAAGGGGGCCAUUUAUAUCUUCCAUGGUUUGAGAAAAAACAUUCUAAAGAAGUACAAACAGCGUAUCUCCGCUGCUGAGUUGGCUCCAGGUCUGGUCUAUUUUGGCUGCAAUAUCCACGGGGAAAUGGAUAUGAAUGAAGAUGGGCUGGUGGACCUGGCAGUAGGAUCCAUGGGAAAUGCUGUCCUGCUGUGGACACGCAGUGUUGUGAAGAUAAAUGCCACUAUGCACUUUGAACCUCCAAAGAUCAACAUUUUCAGCAAGGACUGCCACAGGAAUGGGCGGGAGGCCACCUGCAUGUCGGCCUUUAUAUGUUUCUCCCCCAUGUUUAAAGCUCAGCAGUUCCAAGGACAAAAUGUUGCCAUCAAGUACAAUGUGAGCAUAGAUGAACGGAGGUACAUCCCCCGUGCUAUAAUUGAUGACAUCGGAGGAGACAAACAUUUUGUGAAAACCAUCAGAGCCACCAGCGGGCACAACCAGUGCCAACAGCUCAACUUCCAUGUUCUGGAUACAGCUGACUAUGUGAAACCCAUAACCUUUUCCCUGGAGUAUGAGUUGGCAUUUUCAGACCAAGGCCCUGUGUUAGAGGAAGACUGGCCUACAUCUCUAAAAGUUUCGGUUCCAUUCUGGAACGGAUGUAACCAGGAUGAGCGAUGUGUGCCCGAUCUCUACCUUGAUGUGAAACAUGAUAUCCCUACAGCACUGGAGUACUGCCAGCGUUUCCUCUACAGAACCCAAUCAGCCUGUACAGAAUUUAUUAGUGCCUUUGACAAUUCAGUCUUCAUCAUCCAGCGCAGUAGGAGGCGGGUGGCACUAGAAGUGGUGUUGGAAAACAGAGGGGAGAAUGCGUACAGCACCGCGCUCAACAUCUCCCACUCCCAGAACCUCCAGUUUGCCAGUCUGAUUACAAAGGAGGAUUCUGAUAUUAAAAUUGAAUGUAAGAGUGAUGACAGAUUUCCACAUACGAAGACCUGUAAUGUCAGCUAUCCUUUUUUCAGGGCUAAGGCAAAGGUGGCAUUCAGGUUGGACUUUGAAUUUAGCAAAUAUCAGUUCCUCCCCUUUCUGCAAGUCCAUCUCUCGGCAGGCAGUGACAGCGAAGAACAAGAGAGUACAAGGUUUGACAACGAGGUUCUGUUGGACUUCCACUUGAAAUAUGAAUCGGACCUUCUGUUUACCAGACACUCAAGUCUGAAUCAUUAUGAAAUAACCUCAGAGGGAUCUGCAGACAGAUACAAUGCAAUUGGGCCUCCAUUCAACAGCUCAUUCAAGAUCCAGAACUUGGGCUUCUUCCCAGAGGAGAUUAACCUUAAGAUCACUGUGCCGGUUGCAACCCGUGGAGGGAACCGGCUGCUCUUCUUGCACAGCCUAAUAAGUGACCAGGAGAAUGCAGUCUGCAACAUUUGGGGCAACAGCACAGACUACCGCAGGAAGCCAACGGAAGAGGACCUGAGCCGUGUACCUCAGCUGAACCACAGUAAUUCUGAUGUGAUAUCCAUUGACUGUGUGCUAAUCCUGGCAUCCAAUCAGGAGGCAUCCUUUAUCCUGCAUGGAGACCUCUGGAGCCGAUCAUUCAGAGCGAUGAAUUUCCGAUCUGUGAAUGUGGUUGUGUUUGCUGCAUUACAGCGCAAGUUCCAAAGCCCCUUCAUCUUCCGAGAAGAAGAGCCCACCCGCCAGAUUACAUUUGCUAUUUCCAAGCAGGAAGAAUGGGAGGUGCCUAUCUGGGUCAUAAUUACCAGCACGUUAGGAGGGCUCCUGCUCUUAGCCCUUCUGGUUCUGGCUCUUUGGAAGCUGGGGUUCUUUAAACGCAGCCACCAUGAGAGGGAGGAAGAGAACAAGGAUAUGGAGUAAACCAUAGAGAAGCAGAUGAGGUCCUCGGCCCUGUGUCAAAGCAUGUCUAUAUUAACCCAGAAUUUGGGGCUGGAGGCAAAGGCUACAUCAUACCCUGAGGACUUGAACCAAAAAGCAGGGAUCUCUCAGAAACACUUUUCUGACAAGGCCCAACAGCCUUCCAGUAAUAGAGAUUAUUGGCUAUAGGUGGUGACUUAUUGGUGUUAAUGGGCCAAAGCUUUUAUUUAUUUCAUCACUGACUUGACAAGAGACUUCCACACAAGGACUGACCCUACAUAUCCUCAAAGCUUCUGCUCAGGGAGCAAACCAAGGAGACCACUCUGUUUCUCUGGAAAGCAGUGCUUACGGGACUUACCUGCAAUUACAGGACUUACCGUUGUCUUCUCUUGUAUUGUUCAAAGCCAUAGAAUUUAACAAAGCCACCAUCAAAUCCACAAAACAAAGAUCUGGAUGACCGUUCUAUUUUCUUAUUUGCAUAACGAUUGCAGACCAUGUAUUAUAGACAUGGAGAGUACGACAUCUAUUCCUGCGUUGUUCCCUCAAAUGGAUUCAGGGCACACUCUUUGUUCAAUGACUAUUGAAUCUGACUAAGGAACAGCCAUGUGGGGCAGAGCGAGAACCACAGAAUUACUUGCUUGUCAUUACAUAUACAGUAUAGCCAUAUGGCACAAAAUGAUUGCGACCUGAAUAAGCCAAACCAUUUUCUCUUUGUAAAUCAGGGAAUCUCAUUCAGCUGGUCAGUAAGAAUUCUAUCUGUGCACCCACAUAAACCACAAUAAAAAUGCUGUGGUGAAGAUCUUGGCUUGUGGUACACACUGUUAAGCUUCCAGAGGACUACAGGGAUCCCCAUGUAGUGCCAUAUAUCAGAGAGCCUCUGGCUCCAUUGUCAUGCACACUCUAAUAAUACACAGUUAUUACUGUAAAGUAUCUGUUUUGUAAUGCUUCAGUACAGUCAGUUAGCGAAACGAUUAGAUUAAAGGGGAUCGCAUCAAUCAACAUGUUUCAUUACUGAGCGGCCAGCAGCACAAGCUCAUUAAACAUAAACGCGACAUGUAUGUAGGUCAGUGCAGCAGUAAGCUGAUAGCAUUCUGCCUGUUACACAGCUUUCUCUUAUUCCUGUUUGCUGUAGUUCUUUUCUAAUCUGCAGCCAUCAGUGUGCCCUGGUCUGAGCUCCAGCCCAUGUGCUACAGGCAUUUCAUACAGUGAAAGUGCAAUGGGGAAGGCAUGGACGCGUGCGACAUACAGUACGUUAUCCAUUACCAACUCCAUCACCAUGCUUGUCUUAACUAAGCAGCCAUGUUUGUCACUGUAUUACCUGGACAUGGUAACUUAUUAUUGGGCGGGGGGUGUAUAUUAAUAUGUUUUAUUUAGCAUACUUGUGUAACCAACAUUUUGGCCCACAUUAGGGACUUUAUCAAGGACCUUGAUAAAGGCCUUAAAUGUGGGAUGAAACGCUGGAUACACAAAUAUGCUGAAUAAAAGAUAUUGAUUGGUUCACAAAAAAUGGAGUGCUGGUCCAUAUAAACAUUUUUAAAUUAUAAUUAGACCUAGCACCCAUGAUUGCGCAAGACUAGACUGCGUGCAAACACUUUCCAAAUAGGUAUCAGCUCAUAAUGAUGAUUAAUCAAACAUUUCUAUUUCAUGACAGUAGAGGGCCAUUAGCCAUGCAUCCAAGUGUCAUAAUUGGGUAUCAACUCAACAUGUGUCCUAGUCGACAGUGCUGUAACUGAAAUAUAAAAACUACUUUUGCAAAGGCUUAAGUUAAUGUCUGAGUGGGGGCAGAAUUCAAACUGGACCUUCAGAUUCUCUGCCGCAUCUCCCCAGGCACAUUCCCCGCAACACUAUAAGUGGCAAGAGCUGAAAACAACAGGGGUGAAAAUACUAAAUAUUAAAAGGUAUGGGAUCUAUUAUCCAGAAUGCUUGGAACCUGGGUUUUCCCAGAUAAUGGAUCUUUCUGUGACAUACCUU